AUGGCUGCCUGGAACUUGAACGGGACCGGCGUGAUCUGCAUUAUCCUCUGUUUAGCCCUCGGCAUUGCCAACAUCUUCUCGUUCAACGCCGUGCGCAUCGUUUUCAGCAUCCUAUGCCUCGUUUCGGGGUUGAUCCUCAUUUUCGUUGAGGUUCCCUUCCUGCUCAGGAUUUGCCCAACUUCGGAGAAAUUCGACAACUUCAUUCGGCGAUUCACCACUAACUGGAUGCGCGCGGCCAUGUAUGCCAUCAUGAGCGCCGUCCAGUGGGUCAGUCUUGUCUCCGGUGCAUCGGGUUUGAUUGCGGCCGCCGUCUUGCUUCUCAUUGCCGCUCUCUUCUAUGCUUUGGCUGGACUGAAGAGCCAGGACUUUGUUGGCAGCAAGACUCUGGGUGGACAAGGAAUUGCGCAGAUGAUCGUCUAG